GCCGGACCCCCAUUUAUGUCAACCGCCUUCUGACCAUGAAGCUGUCAUUUUGCCGACACAACAUGAUGGACGGACGAGUUUUGUUACUGUUGGUGAGCGUUCUUGUGGCAGUUACAUCAGCGUGGUCAAUCCCGUACUACCCUGUCCACCGAGGCCCCCUUAGAGUGGUCAGAUACGCGCCACAGCCACCACCACACUUCAGACCACAAAUUCACCACGUCCGCCCAGAGACGACCGAAGAGCAAUGGGAGCGUCCUAAACGUGACCACCACGACUACGAGGACCAUGACCACCACGACCACGACCACAAAGACACACGAGGCGUCACCGGCCCCGUUCACACCUUCGUGAAGACCGAUAAAAACGCAAAUUACAAGUGGGGGGUGCGACACCACGUCGGAAACAAAUACGCGUCUUAAGGUGUUAGAAGAUGUGCUGUUUUUAAUUUAUUUAACUCUACUCCUUAAUUUAAUUGGUGUGUUGAUAGUACAAUAAAGUUUGUU